AUGUGGCUAUCGAAAAUGAUUACACAGUUUUUAUAUUUGUUGUUGAGUCUCUCGAGCGGUGUUUCAGCAAGAUGUGUUAUGUAUGGAGAAUGUGCAGUAAUAAAUGGCUUUACGAAAUCUUGUCCUGUAACACACGAGGCGUUACCUGUGCUUAAAGACUUGUCAGCACUACAAAGAACCGAAGCAAUUGACAUUCUUAAGGCUAGAUGCCCUAAUCUAUUAUAUGAUGAAGAAGGAAAUCAAAAAGAAGACGAUGAUAUCGUUGCGUGUUGUAAUUUUUCGCAACUUCAAAAUAUGGCCGAAAGUUUAUUAUUGGCUGAAAGUAUCCUUGGACGUUGUCCGAUAUGUGUGCGUAAUUUUGCUCGGCAAAUCUGUGAAAUGAAUUGUUCUCCAGAACAGUCUCGGUUCGUGAGUGUUAGUCAAGAUACUGCACCUGACGGAACUCCUUAUGUUAAUGAAGUAAACUACACAGUCUAUAACGAUUUCAUGAUAAAUGCGCAUGCUUCAUGUGCUGGAGUUAUAGUGCCUCAAACGGGAGCACCUGCUAUAUCCCUCAUGUGUGGAAAUGCACCGGUGUGUGAUGCAGACGCUUGGCUUGGCUUUACCGGAGAUACAUCUAUAAAUCCCUUUGCUCCCGUCCAAGUUAACUUCCUUAGAUGGCCUACACCGGAAGAUUCAAUGAAUGCCAUAGCACCAUUGUGUAAUGAAACUAUAGAAGGCGACGUACCAUGCAGUUGUAUUGAUUGUUAUGCGAACUGUCCCGUAAGUGACCUAUCGGCAGUUGAAGACAUAUGUACAGUGCUAUCUGUUAAUUGCGUUGGUUUUUCAGUAGGAAUUGUAUUUUUUGUUAUAACUUUUAUUAUUUUUACAGUACUUACAUUAUUAGAUUACAAAAAAAAGAGAAAUGUUAAAUCUGCAAACUCUGUUAGUACUUAUAGGUACAAGGUCAACUUCUUAAUUAGAAUAUUUCAAAAAUUAUUCCAAAGUAUUGGUGAAUUUUCAGCAAGUAAUUCCAUAUUAGUUAUAAUGGUUACAACUUGGAUUGCAUUUGCCAUGUUAUUUGGAGUAUUCCAAAUUAACUUAACAGCAAAUCCUCUAGAACUUUGGUCAGCCCCAGAAUCUCGUAGCCGUCAAGAAUUAAAUUAUUUUAACUCUAGGUUUGGUCCCUUUUAUAGAGCUGCUCAAGUAUUUUUAACAUUUAAAGGACUAGAGCCUUUUGAACGUAAUAACAUAACGUUCGGCCCAGGGCUAAGAUUAGAAGCAAUACAAGAAUUAAUUACGCUUGAAAAUGAAAUCAUUAAUAUAGGAAGGGAAGAUAAUUCGGUAACACUUGAACAGGUGUGCUAUGCACCGUUACGUACAGCUAAUAGUGAACCAAAAUUUGAAGAAUGUGUAUCAAUGUCAGUAUCUACAUAUUUGCCCGAUAGAAACAAUAUCAACAAUAACACGUAUUUAAAUGACAUUCAAAAUUGUCUUAACAGCUAUCUCUCUUUAAAUUGCUUGGCAUCUUGGGGCGGCGGAGCUGACCCGGAAAUUACUUUAGGCGGAUAUGAGGGUGACAAUAUAUUGCAAGCUAAUACAUUGCUUAUUAAUUUUCCAAUUAAAAACCAUUUACGCGAAGAAGAUUUAAUACCUGUUUUGGAAUGGGAAAAGAAAUUUUUAGAUCUAAUGUAUGAUUAUGAGCAUAAUUGGAAAUCAGAUUUUGUCGAAGUUGCUUAUGGUGCAGAGCGUUCCAUUGAAGAUGAAGUUGAAAGAAUUUCUGAAGCCGAGGCUCUUCCUAUUUCUAUAAGUUAUAUUCUUAUGUUUGCUUAUGUUAUUUUUGCACUAGGAAAUAUUAGGAGUUUAAAAACGUGUUUAGUUGAUAGCAAAGUAACAGUAGCUAUAUGUUGCAUUGUUGUUGUACUGAUUGCAAUAUUUUGUGCCAUGGGUUUGUUAGGUUACUUUAAUAUUACAAUAACUCUUUUAGCUGUUAAUGUCAUUCCAUUUUUCAUAUUGUCUGUAGGCAUCGAUAACGUUUUCCUCAUGCUCAGCGAAAUAAAUACUAUCGAAAAUAAUUUAAAAAAUUAUGACGAAUAUAAAGACAGUUUAUCUUUUCAAAAGAAGAAACGUUUUGUAUUUGGUAAAAUGAUGAACAAUGUUGGACCAUCAAUGUUUGUCUCUUCAAUAACACAAAUUACUUGCUUUUCUAUAGGAAGUCUUUCCAGUCAGCCGGCAGUUAAGUCAUUCGCAAUUUUUGCUACAUUUGCACUAGGAUUUCUGUUUCUGUUUCAAAUAACAACUGUUGUAGCUAUUUUAGCAAUUGAUUAUAAAAGAAGUUCUCAGAAUAGGUUUGAUAUUCUAUGUUGUAUUCGGAAAAAAAUAUUAAAUGACGAAGAACCUCUUCAAGAUAAUAAAUAUCGAGGUAUUACUGAGAGGCUUAUGGUGCCGUACGCCAAGUUAAUUUUAAACUGGCGGGUCAAAAUAGCUGUUGUUAUUAUUUUUAUUGGUUUUGUCUCCUCUUGUAUUAUUCUUAUCCCACAAAUUGAAGUGGGUUUGGAUCAAGAAAUGGCUGUGCCACCGGAUUCAUACGUUUAUAGAUAUUUACAGGCUGUAAAUCAAAUAUUACGCAUAGGACCUCCAGUUUAUUUUGUUUUAAAAGGUGGCAUGAAUUUUACAGACUAUAACCAUCAAAAUGUUAUCUGUGGAGGUAGGCUUUGCAAUGAUGAUUCUCUUACAACACAAUUAUUUUUAGCGUCUCGAUAUAGUGAAAUAACAUAUAUUGCUCGCAGUUCUAAUUCAUGGUUAGACGAUUUUUUUGAUUGGGCCUCGUUACCCGGCUCAUGUUGUAAAUAUAAUUCAACGGACGGUAGUUUUUGCUCUAGCUCAGAUGACUCUCCAGAAUGCAAUUUUUGUUCAAUAGAUAGAGCUCCUUAUGGUAAUGGCCUAAGACCUGCAGGUGACGCUUUUGAGCAAUAUAUUCCUGCCUUUUUACGAGACUCGCCAACUGAAAGUUGCAACAAAGGUGGACUGGCAAGUUAUUUUAGUAACGUUAAUUAUGUACUAGAUUCUCAAGGAAAAGCUACUGUUCACGAUUCUAAUUUUAUGACGUAUCACACUACUUUAGUUACUUCUAAAGAUUACAUUACUGCUGUGAAGUAUGCGUAUGAAAUAAGUGAUAAUAUAACUAGUGCAAUUCAUAAGCACACUGGCCUAGAUGUUGAAGUAUUCCCGUAUUCUGUUUUUUAUGUAUAUUUCGAACAGUAUUUGAAUAUGUGGCCAGAGGUCUUCAUAUCUAUAAGCUACUGUUUAAUUGGAGUUCUUGUCAUCAAUUUGUUAGUGACAGGCUUUAACGUUUUGACUACUUUUGCUUUGAUGUUUACAGUAAUGAUGAUCGUGGUUGAAAUGAUGGGUAUCAUGUAUUUGUGGAGUAUUCCUCUCAACGCUGUAUCGUCUAUAAACUUAAUAGUAUCUAUUGGAAUAGCGGUCGAAUUCUGUAGUCAUAUGGCCUAUGCUUACGCUACAAGUACACGCCCGCCGAGCGAAAAGGUUAUGGACGCCAUUGAGAAAGUAGGUGCUACGAUUAUUACAGGAAUCACUUUUACGAACAUUCCUAUAGUAGUAUUAGCUUUUUCUUAUACCGAAAUCAUCGAGGUGUUUUUCUUUAGAAUGCUCAUUAGUUUAGUUGUCUUAGGAUUUUUACAUGGAAUGAUAUUUUUCCCUGUUUUAUUAAGUUUUUUGAACGACAUAAGAUACAGA